AUGUGGAGCUCAAGGAAGGCUCCAACGACGAGACUUUGGGACAUUAUUGUCAUCACAUUAGUUAUAACAUUAAAUUUUAAGUUAAGUUUAGUUUCAGCAGGGAACGAAUUAUGGCCAUCUGAAAGGCCGAAUGGAAUGCCAAAUAUAGUCUCAUUAGAAGUGAUGUGUGCAAAAGAUCACAUGGAUGUUCAUCUGACAUUUUCACAUCCGUUUGAAGGAAUUGUGAGUUCGAAGAAUCAACAUAGUGAUCCUCGCUGCAUCUAUGUGCCACCAUCAUCAGGAAAGACAUUCUUCUCAUUCCGCAUUUCUUAUUCACGUUGCGGUACAAAGCCUGACUUGAAUGGACAAUUUUAUGAGAACACGGUUGUAAUUCAAUAUGACAAAGAUUUACUCGAAGUUUGGGACGAGGCGAAAAGAUUACGUUGUGAAUGGUUCAAUGAUUAUGAAAAAACAGCUUCAAAGCCGCCGAUGGUUAUUGCCGAUCUUGACGUUAUUCAGCUGGACUUUAGAGGUGAUAAUGUUGAUUGUUGGAUGGAAAUACAGCAUGGAAAGGGGCCAUGGGCACCACCUGUAAGCGGAAUUGUUCCACUUGGUUCAACAUUGACGCUUGUGGUCGCAAUCAAUGACUUCAAAGGAGAAUUCGAUAUGCGCGUGAAAUCAUGUGCUGCAUCUGACGGAGCUGGUCAUGUCAUUAAACUCUCAGAUGAAUAUGGAUGUGUCUUAAGGCCGAAAAUGAUCUCAAAAUUCCUCAAAGCUAGAGCGCCAGAUGAGCGUGCAACUGUUAUUACUUAUGCAUUCUUCCAUGCCUUCAAAUUCCCCGAUGCACUUAGUGUUCAUAUAAAAUGUAAAGUAGAAAUUUGUCGACAUGGAUGUCUUGAUCAUUGUCAGGCAAGUGGUGGAAAACAUGAUGGUUUAUUGGACCGAAAAGAUACACUAAUUGAAGCAACAGAAAAUGAACAACAAGAAAAUGCAAUUAAUGAUGACGAAGAUGACAGUAAUGGACAUGAUAUUUUCUAUGAUGACAUAAUUCAUCGACCAAAGGAUAUUCCACCAGCGCCAGUCCAUCAACAUGACAUGGAGAGUGAUAUGGAAGAUAUUGAGUCAUUAUUCUUAAAUAAUAAGCCAUUGAAACCAAGCUAUGCUCCACAACAUCAAUCACCUUCAUCAUUACCACCAAAGCCACGUCAAAAUUAUCCACAAUCUGUACCUCAACCACAGCCACAACAACAACAACAACAACAACAGAAACUUCAAUCAAAAACGGACGAUGAGAAAUUCCCACAUGGACCUAGACAGCUUCAAUAUGCUCAAAAUAGAUUAGGUUUACCAAUUGCUGGACCACGUGCAUUAGACUUAGAUCAAUUAGAGAAGGAACAUCAACAUUCAUUCCCAAAACGUACGAAACGAUCAGUCAAAGUCACAAACAGAAAUGCAAGAAGUGCAGAUGUUGGUGUUAAUGGCUUCUAUGAUGUAAUAUCAGAAGCUGAUAUGCAAUUUACUCCAGAUGGCAAGCAAGAGGCAGUCACAGUAUUCCAAGGUAAAAUAACUGAGGAAGUUGUGUAUGGAAUUUGCAUGCCUGUCCAAGGCUUCAGCAUAAUCUUUAUUCUUGUCAUAUCUGCAACAAUUAUUGCAUCUCUUAUCGCUGGUUCCUUAUUUUAUCGAUAUCAGCUGCAUAAAGAUGAACAAAUAGCUCAGGCACAUUCAUCGCCACUUCAUGGAAUGAAUACAAUCACAAAUUGGAUGACAAUGAGGCUUUUUAGAAUGAAACAUCCACCUGAAAUGCAUCCUCAAAGUGAACCUAUUCCCUCGACAUCAAGUAGCUCAAGACAUAUGGAAACACGACAAUGA